UCGUUUUUGCUGAUUAUCGCUCUCUUUGUGGCGUGACAGCGGCUCCUUCGUAAUCCGUCUCGAGUAUAUCUGUUAUAAUGGGUUUUGGUGACUUGAACAGCGAAUGUGGCAGUAACUGCCUCAAUUCUUAUUUAGUAGACAAGAGUUAUAUUGAAGGUUUUGUGCCUUCACAAGCCGACGUGGCCAUUUUUUCUGCUCUGAAAUCUGCUCCGAGCGCCAAAUUCGAAAACGCUUUAAGAUGGUACAACCAUAUCAAAUCUUACGAGAGUGAAUUUUCUGCCCUACCUGGUGUAAAGAAGAGCGUAGAAGAAUAUGGUAGUUGCUUGAAAAAAGCAGAGGCCGCUAAACCAGCAGCAGAUGACGACAGCGAUGAUUUAUUCGGCUCUUCUGAUGAAGAAGUAGAUGAAGAAGCCGAAAAACUUCGUCAAGAACGUCUGGAAAAAUAUGCCCAGAAAAAACAAGCUAAGCCGGGAGUCAUCGCCAAGUCCAACAUCAUCCUCGAAGUUAAACCAUGGGAUGAUGAAACCGAUAUGAAAGAAAUGGAGCGCCUCGUUAGGGAAAUCAAAGUUGACGGUCUCUUGUGGGGAGCCUCCAAAUUGGUACCUGUUGGUUAUGGUAUCAGCAAGCUCCAAAUUUCCUGCGUUAUCGAAGACGAUAAAGUCAGCGUCGACGACCUUACAGAUAAAAUCACAGAAAACGAAGAUUACGUUCAAAGCGUCGAUAUUGCUGCUUUCAACAAAGUUUAAAAUUUCAAAAGUUGAAUACAGAUUCACAUUUUGCAGUGAACUAAAGCCAUUUUUCUAAAAGUAGUCUCUUGUAGAUUUUCGUCUUUUAAAUACUUCGGGCGUUAGAUGACGCUUCCUUUCUUCUAUUCUAAUUCGAGUUCGAUUGUUAUUCUUAGUCAACAAAUCACCUUUCUUUUUCGCUGUAUAACACGAGAGAACACUUCCAAGAAGAAUUAAUACGAAAUUCACUGUCAUAAUGACAGUUAUUUCAUUUAAGUUUUUAGAGCUAACUAUCCCUUUAUAAUUAUCCUUUUUGUAGCACAUUUUUCUUUCCGUGUCCUCGAGUCCGCAAUCACGAAUAUUAGAAAUUGGCUCAGGUGAAGAGCAAUUUCGAAAUCGUUCUUGAAACUGUAUUUUAUUUAAGUUUGGAUUUAAUUGCAAACAGUUUCCCCACUGUCCCCAUUCAGACCAUUCACCAAAUAGUGGACGCCAGCAAACGGUUGCGUGCUUCUCGGAACAACUCUUAAGGUUAAACUCUAUAUCAUGAUCAAGUGUUUUUAGAUUUGCAGUCACGCAUUUUUCAACAUUUGACGAGAGGAGGCCAAUCUCCCUGAUGAUUUCUGAUUUUGUUGAAAAUAUUUCUGUAUCCCAUUUAAAGUGAUAAUCUUUAGACGUUAAACUAGUCCAAAUCAUAACCUCUCUGCUUAACAAUGUAAAUAAUCUUGUAUGGAAGAAAUUCCUAAUUUGUGGAAGAUCAAAUUUAACUACGUGCAUUUCCCUGAUAUGACAGAAUUUUCUAGCUUGCGAGUAGUUUAAAC